AUGGACUACAAAAAUAUGCAGCCGGAUGAGCCGAAUCAGCAGGGAGAUGAGGGAUGCCUUGAGAUGUUCCUCCGACCGUUCAAGACCCUUCAAGACUAUGGUGCACUGGACUCGCCCCAGGGAAAUUGCGCAGAUGGGUGGUCCGAGACUGUCAAAGGAGUUUGCAACCAGGUCAUCCUCAACGUGAAAUCCAACGAGGCUCGGGCGAAGUGCAUAGAGCUUGGUGGCACCACGCUCGCCUCAAUCCAUUCGGCCGAAGAGAACAAGUUGCUUCUCGAAAUGGUUCUGCGCGUGGUCCCCGAGAAAGUAAUUGGGCCGCCUACUGUUCUUCUCGGCGCUCAUCGUGCUGUGAUCGAUCGCAAGAGGUUUCUAUGGGACAACAGCGGCUGGAUGGACGACGGCUACGAAAAUUGGCAGACGGGCGAGCCGAAUAAUCGAACUGGACACGAGGGAUGUGUUGAGAUGCUGGUACGCCCGUACAUUCCCGAAACAUAUGUAGUGGGCAAGUGGAACGACUACAGUUGCCGUCACACCUACAUGGCCGCCGUCUGCCAAAUCAGGGGCGUCGGCAUCACUACAGGAGCCACCAUAGACCCCAGCGCUACCACUAGGAAUCCGAAUGGCCAAGACGAUUUUCGGGAUUCUCAUCGGAAAUCCCCGGAUGGCAGUGACGGCAGCGCCGGAACCCAAGAUCCAGCGGCACCGACGAUGGAUGGUCAGGGCGGAUCUGGAGCGACGACGUUGUAUACCGGAGGACCCUCGAAGGGUGCGGAGGGCGGCUCGCCGGUACCGACACAACCAGUCAUCGGGCCCAGCAAGGAGACC